CCGCGAGAAACAGACAACAUUAAAAACCUUGUCAUUAAAUAGUUUCUUAGGAGAUAUUACGUACCGAGAUCAAAGUUCAUCUGGCACAGCGUGCUAGCUCAUCGCUAUCCAUGAGUGGUGAAAUCAAAGCGAGCUCGUGAGUCAAGCCAGAAGAACGUGUCAUUACUCAACGAAGAUACAUUUUUUAGAAAAUGAAGCUGCCCAGAGCUUUACGUCUGCUGGCACAGCUCCCGAAUGUCCGACAUGCCAGCAGUGGAGUAUCCAAACCCCUGGCGACGUACACUAAACAUUUUGAGGAAAUCACCAUACCGGUGCCGUGGGGUCACGUAUCCGGGAAAUGGUAUGGACCAAAGCAUGUUCGACCCAUCGUGGGCAUGCACGGAUGGCAGGACAAUGCGGGCACCUUUGACACCCUGGCGCCCUUGCUGCCGUCGCACCUCUCCUUUCUGAGCAUCGAUGCGCCAGGACAUGGGCUGUCCUCCUGGCUUCCAGCAGGCACCUCCUACCACUCCAUCGACUUGGUUUUAAUCAUCCGACGCCUAAUGGACGACUACAACUGGGACAAGAUAUCCAUCUUGGGACACUCGAUGAGCUCCAUUAACGGCUUCGUGUUCAGUGCGCUAUUUCCCGACAAAGUCGAUCUAUUUAUCGGUCUGGAUGUCCUCAAGCCGCCGAUUCGUAGUGCCCGCUCUAUCGUGAACGGAUUGACGGAGCGACUGGAGGGAACAUUGAAAUUGGAGCGACGCCUAAAGAGCGGCUCUGAACCGCCCGCGUACGACUGGGAUCAGCUGGUAACCCGCCUGCACGAGGGAUCCAACAAAUCGGUAUCCCUGGAUGCCUGCAAAUACCUGCUGCAGAGGAACUGCAAGCCCUCCACCCACGAACCACACAAGUAUUACUUCUCGCGCGACAACCGGCUUAAGACGUCGCUGUUCUACACAUUGCAUCUGGAUGUUGCUUUGGAGAUGGCCAGCAGGAUCAAGUGCCCGCACUUGUUCAUCAAGGCUCUGCAGGCCCCGUACUACGAGAAGAAGGAGUACUACGAUGCCACUCUGGUCGAGUUGAGAAAGAAUCCUCUUUUCGAGUUCUAUGAAGUCGAAGGAAGUCACCAUGUCCACUUAAACGAGCCGGAAAAAGUGGCGCCCAUCAUUAACUCGUUCAUUAACAAGUACAGACCUCUAUAAGACGAUUAUCUUUAAGAAUCUGACGCAUAGGCAAUGUAAAUACUAGUUCAAUCUUAAAUUAAUUGACGAAUAUUGACUCGAUAUUAAAUGGGAAUCCACCUCUGCCAUAGAAAGUACGAAUUUGGUUGCUUCUAUUUAAUUUAUUAUGUACAAUCGAUUCGGGCAAUAACAUUAAAGUUUAAGACUAAAUUACAAA